UUUUUUUUCUUUUUUUUUUACUUUGUAUUUCUAAAUAAACAAUUAAAAGAUGUUGAGUGCAGAUAUCCAACAUGCUGUACCACAGAUUGAUGGAACACCAGAACAACAAGAAGCCAUGACAGCAUUGCAUCAUGAAUUCAACGUUACCACACAACGAGCACGUACCAUUGUUCAACAAUUUGUUGAUGAAAUGGAAAAAGGAUUAGAUCAUGAAGGUGCUACAGUUCCAAUGAUUCCCAGUUUUGUCACUGGUCGUCCCACAGGGCAAGAAAAGGGAAAAUACCUUGCCCUGGAUUUAGGUGGAACCAAUCUUCGGGUGUGUGAAUUCGAAUUGAAGGGAGACGGUGAUUUCUCGGUACAUCAACAAAAAUACGUGGUUGCUGAAGAGCUCAAGACGGGUGAUAUGCGUCAUUUAUGCGAUUUCAUUGCUGAUUGUGUAGAUAAUUUCAUUACGGAAUUUGGCUCCCAUCAUGUAGACCACAGUAUUCAAUUGGGUUUUACCUUUUCAUUUGCUGUCAAUCAAACCGAUAUUAAUCGAGGUACCUUGAUGCAUUGGACAAAAGGAUUUAAUUGCACAAACGCCAUUCAUAAAGAUGUCGUCGUUCUCUUACAAGACGCCUUUCUUCGAAAAAACGUUCAAGUGCAUGUGGCCGCCCUUGUAAAUGAUACAGUCGGGACUUUGAUGGCAAAUGCUUAUCGUUACCCAAAAACAUCAAUGGGUAUUAUUCUUGGUACAGGAACCAAUGCUGCCUACUAUGAAAAGCUCGGGAAAAUCAAGAAAUGGAAAGGAGGAGAACAAGUGUUUGACGAGAUGGUGAUUAAUAUGGAAUGGGGAACCUUUGAUCUUGAACGUCGUGUACUACCUUUUACAAUCUAUGAUAACAAAUUGGACAGAGAAUCCAUCAAUCCACGCAAACAAUUGUUUGAAAAGAUGAUCUCUGGUAUGUAUCUGGGAGAGAUCACACGUAAUGUCAUUUUACAGCUCGUGGAUGAACGUAUUCUUUUCUCGGGAGAGUCUUCAGCUGAUCUCAACAAACAAUGGGGUUUCGAAACCGCUUAUCUAUCCACCAUGGUCGUGGAUGAUACGCCCCAAUUAGACCAUGUGCGUCAUAUAUUGGAAGAAACACUUCAGAUCCCAUCCACCACCCAUGGCGAUCGUCAGGUCGUCAAGGAGAUUGCUAUUGCUGUGGGUCGUCGUGCCGCUCGUCUCUCUGCCUGUGGUGUGGCUGGUGUUUUGCUUCAUACGGGUGAGAUUCAUACCGGUGCAGAUAUCGCUAUUGAUGGCUCUGUCUAUGAGCAUUUCCCUCAUUUUGAAAAAUACAUGGUGGAAACCCUGCAAGAACUUUAUGGUCAGGAUAUUGCUAAUCAGGUCCAAUUUUCUUUAGCAAGAGAUGGGUCUGGUUUUGGUGCUGCCAUGAUUGCCAUGAUGGCUCACAAAGCUAGUCUUGCCAAGCAAACUUAAUUUUUUUUUUAUUAAUUAUGUGUGUGUGUGUGUGUGUGUGUAUACACGCAGUUUUUUAUUCUAUUUAAUUAAAAAAAAAGAGAGAAUGAUUCAUCCUAAAUUACUGAC